UAAUGCCUAUUCGGCUAAUUUAUUGAACUAAUGGAGGUGAUAUCUAUACUCAAGUCAAACUAGGCUCUGUUGUGUUCUAUGAUCAAUGGUCGUGUUGUUUGGUACAUCUUUGCUCAACAACAUGGCGUCGAAAGAGAGAGCAGAAGAUCAUCGAAGAAAGUGGGACCGCGAUGAAUAUGAACGUUUGGCUGCAGAAAGAAUACAGGAAGAAUUGGAAGCACAAGAAAAAGCGAAGCAAAAACAGCCACCUGUUAAACGAGACUUAUUGCGGCAACGUGACUACCGAGUUGAUUUAGAAUCAAAAUUAGGAAAGAGUGUAGUCAUAACAAAAAACACUCCGUCGUCGCAAACAGGAGGGUACUACUGUAAUGUGUGUGAUUGUGUUGUGAAAGAUUCCAUUAACUUCCUAGACCACAUAAAUGGAAAGAAACAUCAAAGAAAUUUAGGAAUGACUAUGAGAGUUGAAAGAUCUUCUUUGGAUCAGGUGAAAAAACGUUUUGAACUUAAUAAGCGAAAGCUGGAAGAGAAGAAAAAGGACUAUGAUAUUGAACAGAAAAUGAAAGAACUCCGAGAAGAGGAGGAGAAACUGAGAGAAUAUCGCAAGGAGAAACGCAAAGAAAAACGACGAAAAUUAGAUGAAGACACAGACACAACACCAAGUUCAGAAUUAGCAGCUAUAAUGGGAUUCUCAGGAUUUGGGUCUAGCAAGAAGUGAAUCUGGAAUGUAAUAAAUAUCAGCGACAAACCAAAUGGUCUUGUUAUUGAACUGUGCUCUUCAUUACUCCACACACAAUAGGAACUGUUGCCAGUAAAAUCAUGAGACUAAUUUUAUCACAAGAACUGUUAGAUAUAACUUAGUAAUUUAACAGAAUUUGCCACUGCAAACAUAAGCUAUUGGUUCUGUGGAUAAUGGGCAGUUCGUGAAUGUGUAUUCCAAUUUUUGUAAUUUUUCCCUAGUGAUCUGUGUAACUAAAAUGCAUCUUUCACUGUCACAGGACUCAUAAUAAAGCACAAUAAAAAGAAUGGAAAAAAGGCUUGUUUGCUAUGAAGUACACAGAGAAAAUAGCAUUGUAUAUUUGAAGCUGUGUAUGUAACAGAUAUCUGAAUUCCUUCUUUCAUUCUCUUUUACCCACAUUGGUAAUUUUUUCUCAUGUUUGUUAUUUUUAUCUUUUGUAACAUAAAGAAUAAUAUACAUGAACAGUAGCUGCAUUGAAAACUUCAGUGAUUUUGUUUCAUGUGCAUUAUUCAUACAGUUGUAAAUGCAGAAUGACAUUCGAAGAAAGAGGAAAGUACCUCGACAGUUUUAUUAAGUUGUGUGUGUUCCUGAAAAAAAUUCUCAUGAAUUCUGUGUUGACAAAAUUCUCCAGAAUUUGUAUUAAAAAUAUUAAUUUCCUCUUGUUAAUUGUAAACAAAUAAAUUAGUUUUCUUUUUUCAAGUU